AUGAUUAUACAGGUGUAUACAGGAAUUAUAAUAUUAAGACAACAUAUUCAGAAGAAUUAUGCGGAGGGGCUGUUUAAUGUUAGGGCAAUGAUGGUGAAGGAUGUGAAAGAGUUGAGGGAGAGGGUGGAGAGGGUGUUUUAUAACGCUGCGGGCGCGACGGGGUGUAAGGUUGAGUUGGAGUGGUUCGCGCUUUACGAGGACGUCGUGACGAAUGAUACCCUUGCGGAGCAGUACAGACAAUAUAUGCUGCAGUAUUUGGGUUUGCAGCCGGAGCAGAUGGUAUCAGUGAAGGAGACUAGGACGGUUCAUGACUUGCUGGGAAGCUCCUUCUGCGAGGCAGUGCAAGAUUAUGUUGUACAUGAGAAAGCACUUCGGGCCGGAAAGGCUAAUGCUCUGAUAUCGCUGGAUAUGUUGAUAAACGACGCUUUUGCUACGAGGAUGAAGGAGGACUUUAGGGCGGCGAUGAAGGACGCUGGGCGUUUGUCUGAGUGGCAUGACCUAGCAAGAAGCGUAGCAACUAUUUAA